GGAGGCGGUUGUCAAGGCGACGUGGGUAGGAGGAGAGGACAGAGGGAGGAGGAAGGAUGGGCGGCCUUGGCGUAGUCGCAGGGAGGUGACUGGAGCGAGCCUGGCCCCUUGCAUCCUCCCACUGUGUACCUCCCUCCCCUUUUUUCCGCCUUCUGCCAGCAGAAGCAGCUGCAGCAGCACCUGAAUCGCUACUGCCGCUCACUCAGGACGACGCUAUGGCUGAGCCUGGGCACAGCCACCAUCUCUCCGCCAGAGGCAGGGGAAGAACUGAGAGGCGCACACCGCGGCUGCUGCGGCUGCUGCUCUGGGCUGGGACCGCCUUCCAGGUGACCCAGGGAACGGGACAGGAGCUUCACGCCUGCAAAGAGUCUGAGUACCACUAUGAGUACACCGCGUGUGACAGCACAGGUUCCAGGUGGAGGGUCGCCGUGCCGCAUACCCCGGGCCUGUGCACCAGCCUGCCCGACCCCGUCAAGGGCACCGAGUGCUCCUUCUCUUGCAAUGCCGGGGAGUUUCUGGAUAUGAAGGACCAGUCGUGUAAGCCGUGCGCUGAGGGCCGCUACUCCCUGGGCACAGGCAUUAGGUUCGAUGAGUGGGAUGAGCUGCCCCAUGGCUUUGCCAGCCUCUCGGCCAACAUGGAGUUAGAUGACAGUGCCGCUGAGUCCACCGAGAACUGCACUUCGUCCAAGUGGGUUCCCCGGGGUGACUACAUUGCCUCCAACACAGACGAAUGCACGGCCACGCUGAUGUAUGCCGUCAACCUGAAGCAGUCGGGCACCGUUAACUUCGAAUACUACUACCCGGACUCCAGCAUCAUCUUUGAGUUUUUCGUUCAGAAUGACCAGUGCCAGCCCAGUGCAGAUGACUCCAGGUGGAUGAAGACCACAGAGAAAGGAUGGGAAUUCCACAGUGUGAAGAAAGGAUCCUCUUCCUGUAACGUGCGCCCAGCUUGCACAGACAAAGAUUAUUUCUACACACACACGGCCUGUGAUGCCAACGGAGAGACACAGCUCAUGUACAAAUGGGCCAUGCCGAAAAUCUGUAGUGAGGACCUUGAGGGGGCGGUGAAGCUGCCUGCCUCUGGUGUGAAGACCCGCUGCCCACCCUGCAACCCGGGCUUCUUCAAAACCAGCAACAGCACCUGCGAGCCCUGCCCAUACGGUUCCUACUCCAAUGGCUCAGAUUGUACCCGCUGCCCUGCGGGAACUGAACCGGCUGUGGGAUUUGAAUACAAAUGGUGGAACACGCUGCCCGCAAACAUGGAAACGACCGUUCUCAGUGGGAUCAACUUCGAGUACAAGGGCAUGACAGGCUGGGAGGUGGCUGGUGAUCACAUUUAUACAGCUGCUGGAGCCUCAGACAACGACUUCAUGAUUCUCACUCUGGUUGUGCCUGGAUUUAGACCUCCACAGUCGUUGAUGGCAGACACAGAGAAUAAAGAGGUGGCCAGAAUCACGUUUGUCUUUGAGACUAUCUGUUCGGUGAACUGUGAGCUCUACUUCAUGGUGGGUGUGAAUUCUAGGACCAACACUCCUGUGGAGACCUGGAAAGGUUCCAAGGGCAAACAGUCCUAUACCUACAUCAUUGAGGAGAACGCUACCACGAGCUUCACCUGGGCCUUCCAGAGGACUGUUUUUCAUGAGGCAAGCAGGAAGUACACCAAUGACGUCGCCAAGAUCUACUCCAUCAAUGUCACCAAUGUCAUGGAUGGCGUGGCCUCCUACUGCCAUCCCUGUGCCCUAGAAGCCUCUGAUGUGGGCUCCUCCUGCACCUCUUGUCCUGCUGGUUACUAUAUUGACCGAGAUUCAGGAACAUGCCACUCCUGCCCCCCUAAUACAAUUCUGAAAGCCCACCAGCCUUAUGGUGUCCAGGCCUGUGUGCCCUGUGGUCCAGGGACCAAGAGCAACAAGAUCCACUCUCUGUGCUACAAUGAUUGCACCUUCUCACGCCACACUCCGGCCAGGACUUUCGACUACAACUUCUCUGCGUUGUCAAACACGGUCACUCUCGCUGGAGGGCCAAGCUUCACUUCCAAAGGGCUGAAAUACUUCCAUCACUUUACCCUCAGUCUCUGUGGAAACCAGGGUAGGAAAAUGUCUGUGUGCACCGAUAACGUCACUGACCUCCGGAUUCCUGAGGGUGAGUCAGGGUUCUCCAAAUCUAUCACAGCCUACGUCUGCCAGGCAGUCAUCAUCCCCACAGAGGUGACAGGCUACAAGGCCGGGGUUUCCUCACAGCCUGUCAGCCUUGCUGACCGACUUAUUGGGGUGACAACAGAUAUGACUCUGGAUGGAAUCACCUCCCCAGCUGAACUUUUCCACCCGGAGUCCUUGGGAAUACCGGACGUGAUCUUCUUUUAUAGGUCCAAUGAUGUGACCCAGUCCUGCAGUUCUGGGAGAUCAACUACUAUCCGUGUCAGAUGCAGUCCACAGAAAACUGUCCCUGGAAGAUUGUUGCUGCCAGGAACGUGCUCCGAUGGGACCUGUGAUGGCUGCAACUUCCACUUCCUGUGGGAGAGCGCGGCUGCGUGCCCGCUCUGCUCAGUGGCUGACUACCACGCUAUCAUCAGCAGCUGUGUGGCUGGGAUCCAGAAGACUACUUAUGUGUGGCGAGAACCCAAGCUAUGCUCUGGUGGCAUCUCUCUGCCUGAGCAGAGAGUCACCAUCUGCAAAACCAUAGAUUUCUGGCUGAAAGUGGGCAUCUCUGCAGGCACCUGUACUGCCAUCCUGCUCACCGUCUUGACCUGCUACUUUUGGAAAAAGAAUCAAAAACUAGAGUACAAGUAUUCCAAGCUGGUAAUGAAUGCUACCCUCAAGGACUGUGACCUGCCAGCAGCCGACAGCUGUGCCAUCAUGGAAGGUGAGGAUGUGGAAGACGACCUCAUCUUUACCAGCAAGAAGUCACUCUUUGGGAAGAUCAAAUCAUUUACCUCCAAGAGGACUCCUGAUGGAUUUGACUCAGUGCCGCUGAAGACAUCCUCAGGAGGCCCAGACAUGGACCCGUGAAAGGCAUCGCCUGCCUCGCCUGCCUCCUCACCUUGCAUAGCACCUUUGCAAGUCUGCGGCGAUUUGGGUGCCAGCGUCCUGCAACACCCACUGCUGGAAAUCUCUUCAUCGUGGCCUUAUCAGAAGAUGUUUGAAUUUCAGAUCUUUUUUUUAUAGAGUACCCAAGCUCUCCUUUCUGCUUGCCUCAAACCUGCCAAAUAUACCCACACUUUGUUUGUAAAU